CUCAAGGCGGGUGACUACUGCGAGCUACACUAUUUCACCAACAAAGGUCUCAAUAAUGCAAAGGUAGCCACAACAAUCAAUGAACCCAAUGCGCUCGUUAUGUUGCCAGCCACUGAUGGAAUACACUCAUGGGUACCUGCAGCAGCGGUGAAAGACCCUAAAGCGUCAGCAGUAGUGAAGGAUGAACAUUUAUCCUGGGAGCAAUUUAAUGAGGCAGCACCACAUAUGAUAUUAAUGAUGAAGGUCCACAACUGGCCCAACGACAGAGUGGAUAUGCACAUUCCAUCAUUGUAG